AUGCUCUCCUCGCUCCCUCAAUUAGAACCUCGUGAUUCCCACGCCCUCUGGUAUACCCCAUCCCAACCGAACCGAACCACCAACAAUUCCAGCAACCAGCAACAUGGCUCCCAAAGCCGGCGCCGACAGGCUCAGCAGCAACCCGCACGGUCCGGUGGAUCUGCAAUGGCCGCAGCAGCAGCCGCUUCACAAUCAUCAGAUUCCCUAGCCACAUUACUCCUGGAAGAACACGCGCUGCGCAUUCGCAAACAGAACAUUGCUGCCUUUGGGUUUUCGUGGAUUAAGCCGGCGGGCUGCUCGAAGACGAUGCUGGGGGUGCGGGAGGAGGAGGCGGAGAGGGAGGAAGGGGCUGCUGCGGCAGAGGGGUUGGGUGGGGAGUUGGGUUUGGAGUUUGGGGGGGAUGGAAGGGGGAUGGGGACUGUUGAAGGGACGAUGACGGGUGAUGGGAUGGGGACGGGAAUGGGGUUGGGUGGGGAGCUGUUGGGGAGGGAUUUGGAUGAUGAUAUUCCCGAUGCGGAUGGGAGUGGGGGUUUGGGGGGGUUGAUGGAGGAGGGGGAGGAGGGGUUGGAGGAUGAUGAGGAUGGGGGGUUGAUGGAGAGAGAUUUGGAUGAUGAUGUGCCGGAUGGGUUUGGGAUGGGUGAUGGUGACGACGAGAGCGAUGGUGAUGAGGACGAGGAUGAGGAAGAUGAUGAAGAAGACUUUUUCGACAGCCAGCCUGAGCCUGAGCCUGAUCUUGACGAGGAUAUGCCCUCUGCCCCUAUGUCUGCGGCGGGAUCGGGAGAGGGCCCAAGUGUGAUGGAGCGCGAUCUCGACGCGGACAUCCCUAGCGUAGGGGGGGAUGGCAUCAGCCAGCACCAGGAGUGGGAGCACACUGAUACUGAUGGGGACGUAGGAGAAGAAGAAGAAGAAGAAGAAGAAGAUGAUGAUGAUGAUGAUGACGAGGAUGAUAGCGACGAGGCAGAGGCAUACGUCGACGCAGAUAUGGAAAUAGUAGAUAAUACCCACGCUUACCCCGCGCACAAUUUCCACUCAAGCAGUUCCGCCAUUGCUCAACCCUUACCGCGUCUCCAGCCGCAGUCCCCCGUGCACCUGGAUACUGAUGCUGGAAGCUCUUUUUUGCGAUUACGGGGCCGGGGCGAAGAUGGGAGUCCGGUUGGCUCUGUUACAACGGAAAACAUGAACUUGCGCAAUCAGCGGAGGCGACCGAGAAGGCGGUCUGCGAUGGCUGCUUCUUCUGAGAAUAAUCUUGAUUUGUAG